AUGUCUGCGCGGGGAAAUUCAUCAAACCCUCUUGAUCCAGCGAUAAUCUUAUCGAUCAUCGAGAAAAGCCUUCCGGAGAGAGUUUCUAACGACCAAGACGAAGGAUCAGCGUCUGCAGAUACGCCUUUAAGAUCUUGCCAAGAUGCUUUGGCAAUAUUGUUUCAUGCCAUUAUGCUGGCUGUAGACUUUCGUUUUGUCGGGCUUGGGGAAGAUGGGACUAUUGCGUUACCGACUAAAGAACAAAAUGCAAUCCCACGCCUCCCAAAAGAAUGGAAUGCCAAUGGUCCAGAUUCCUAUGCCUUCCGAUACAAGCAUCCGCAAUCAUCUUUAACGUUUCUUAUAAAAUCAAUACGACUUGCGGGUAAAUUCCUAGUACAUGGACUGGCAAUCGAAGAUAACAAAACGUCUACAUUAGAAGUAGUCAUUGCCGACUACACAUCUGCGUCAUUUUUUCCUUACAAUGACCGAGAGCCACUCGUGAAUGGAUUCAUAUCUGAGAGCAGGUUGAAGGACUUGACAAGUUUAUAUAAGAUAAACAUAUUACAGAAGUUAAUCCCAGGACUGAAUAAGCCAGGUUAUGAAGAAACAACGCAGACUUCCGAUAGAACAACUGCUCCCACACGUUCGAGCGCACCUCGGAAUGAUCCAUAUGAUCCAUUACGUAUCCCGCCGAGAGUCCCGCCUACGUAUCCAACACCACAAAUAUUCGGUGACCCAUUUAAUGUAGAAGGCCCAAGAACAAAUCCCUUCAGUGUCGGUGCUGACGAUUUAGACCCUUUUGCAUCUAAUCCAUUAUUUCCCAGAUUUGGAGUCGGAGGGAUACCGCCAUCCAAUCGAGGCGGCGGCAUGCACGUUGGCCUUGAUCAUCCGAUGUUUGGGCCAAGAGGUGGAAUUCGGGAUGACAGGGGUUUUCGCGGUGGCCCACCAACAUUACCUAGGGGCUCUGUGCCGCCAGGAGCCCGCUUUGAUCCAAUAACCCCGUUCAAUCCUCGUCCAAAUGUCGGACAGAACCCUACUUACUUCAGCGGCGAGCCUGACCACGAUGAACCACCGCCACCGGGCUACAACGACAUGUUCAUGUAG